CAGAGUUCAAGAUUGAGGAAAUGCAAAUAAUUUUGUAUAACCUUUACCCUUGAAGAGAGGGAAGAAGAGAUGGUUGUUGGGGUAUCUUCUAGUUAAAGAAAGUUGACGCUGUGUUUACAAGAAGCACUGGAGGAAAGAGGAAGUAGGGCGUGGCGUGAUUGCGCAAGCGUUCAGGAUAAAAUGGCGUCUCGAGUUUAGUUUCGUCCAGGCGAUAGGGGGGAGGGGGCAGAGAGAGCGUGUCACGUGAUCCUGGCCGCAGCUUCACCCCGCCCGUGGCCGCGUUGCCUGACGGGAAGCGGAGGGGCGAGGAGCGAGGCGUUCGGCCAUUUUGUGUCUUUCCUGUGGGACGCGGCGGCGUUUGUGUUGGACUGUGCGGCAGCGGGCGCCUGCUUGUCUCUCGUCUUUUGCCUCUCCUUCCCUCUCCUGUCCUUCGUCCUUCGAGCGCGGCAGCCAUGGGCCGGAAGAAGAAGAAGCAGCUGAAGCCCUGGUGCUGGUAUUGUAACAGAGAUUUUGAUGAUGAGAAGAUCCUUAUACAGCAUCAAAAAGCAAAGCACUUUAAAUGUCACAUAUGUCAUAAAAAACUCUACACGGGGCCUGGUUUAGCUAUUCAUUGUAUGCAGGUGCAUAAAGAAACAAUAGAUGCUGUACCAAAUGCCAUACCUGGGAGAACAGACAUUGAAUUGGAAAUCUAUGGUAUGGAAGGAAUUCCAGAAAAAGACAUGGAUGAACGGAGAAGACUUCUGGAACAGAAAACUCAAGAGAGUCAAAAAAAGAAGCAGCAAGAUGAUUCAGAUGAAUAUGAUGAUGAUGACUCUACAGCUUCAACUUCAUUUCAGCCCCAACCUGUUCAGCCCCAACAGGGUUAUAUCCCCCCAAUGGCACAGCCAGGAUUGCCACCUGUGCCAGGAGCACCAGGAAUGCCUCCAGGUAUACCUCCAUUAAUGCCAGGUGUUCCACCUCUGAUGCCAGGAAUGCCUCCAGUUAUGCCAGGGAUGCCACCUGGAUUGCAUCAUCAGAGAAAAUACACCCAGUCAUUUUGCGGUGAAAACAUAAUGAUGCCUAUGGGUGGAAUGAUGCCACCUGGACCAGGAAUACCACCUCUUAUGCCUGGUAUGCCACCAGGUAUGCCUCCGCCUGUUCCUCGUCCUGGGAUGCCUCCUAUGACUCAAGCACAGGCUGUAACAGCACCUGGUAUUCUUAAUAGACCACCUGCACCAGCAGCAGCUGUUCCUACCCCACAGCCUCCAGUUACUAAGCCACUUUUUCCUAGUGCAGGACAGAUGGGGACACCUGUUACAAGCUCAAGUACAGCUUCAUCCAAUUCAGAAAAUCUCUCUGCAUCUUCUAAAGCUCUGUUUCCUAGCACAGCACAAGCUCAGGCAGCUGUUCAAGGACCUGUUGGUACAGAUUUCAAGCCUUUAAAUAGUACUCCUGCAACAACCACAGAACCCCCCAAGCCUACGUUCCCUGCUUAUACUCAAUCUACUGCUUCAACCACUAGUACUACGAAUAGCACUGCAGCUAAACCAGCUGCUUCAAUAACAAGUAAGCCAGCUACACUUACAACAACCAGUGCAACCAGUAAGUUGAUCCAUCCCGAUGAGGAUAUAUCACUGGAAGAGAGAAGGGCUCAAUUACCUAAAUAUCAGCGUAAUCUUCCACGACCAGGACAAGCCCCUAUGGGUAAUCCACCUGUUGGACCAAUUGGAGGUAUGAUGCCACCACAGCCAGGAAUCCCUCCACAGCAGCAAGGAAUGAGACCCCCAUUGCCUCCUCAUGGUCAGUAUGGUGGUCAUCAUCAAGGCAUGCCAGGUUACCUUCCUGGGGCUAUGCCUCCAUAUGGGCAGGGACCUCCAAUGGUACCCCCUUAUCAAGGUGGGCCUCCUCGACCUCCGAUGGGAAUGAGACCUCCUGUAAUGUCGCAAGGUGGCCGUUACUGAUGUUACUUCGCCCAAUCUAAUAGGUUUGGAGAUUAAACCUUUUCUCAUCUUGUGCUGUUUAUAUAGCCAAGCUUUCGUCAAUUAAGGCUUCAUUGUGACUUUAACAAACAUUAUCUUCCCACAUACCAGGAACUAUUGGACAUUUUGUUUUACACGGGAAAAUUUUAUUUGGAAUAAUAAAGCAGGAACUUUUCCUGAUGUUGCAAUUUAUACUGUAUGGCUUCUUUUUCAUGUUUCAUCUAGGUUUUUAGAAGUGAAGUAUAGUAAAUAUGGUUCGUUAAAUUGUGAAGGCGCUGGAAUUACAUGAACAUACCACCUUAAAGGCAAGUUCUGUAACCUUAUGUUGCUAUUUGUAAAGUUAUGCCUUCGCAGCAUUUCAUAUGCUGUUGGACUUCACGUCCCCAACAUAGCUUGGUGAGGGCUGUAACUGUUUCCAAGUACCUGUACAUUGGAAGUCUGAACGUGUAACAAUAUUUAAUGUACUUAGAAUUCCUCAUGUUGCAGGGUUAAACAAAACAAAACUGACCCACUAAAGGUCUUGUGACUUUUCUGUACUGUUAAAACUUAAUUGUAAUAAAAUGAAAGAAAAAUUGAUGCCUUUUUAUUCAUGACCAGCUGUGGACCACUGCCUGAAAGGUUUGUACAGAUGCAUGCCACAGUAGAUGUCCACAUAUAAUAAAAAUGCAUAGUUACUGGUGAAGUUUUGAUAUACGCUUCAAUUUUGUGUUUGAAUUGUAGGUUACUCCUUAGCUGCAUGGUGAAAAUUGCUUAUUUCUGAGCAAUAGACAUAAAAUUGUACUUUUAACUCAUUUAUUAAUGUUUCAUUAGACAUAAUGCAGAGUAUGAAUACACCAUUACAUAAUGUGUAUGAACACUUAGUGCUUUCUUCCCUUGGUUUUUGGUAUAUUGCAGGUGACUUUAGAAAUUUAAUAUAUGAAUUUAACACAUCUCCCUGCUGCUGCUGAAUAAAAAUAUAGACUCUAGUGCCAGACACAUACAUAACUUACAAUUGUUUUAUUUAAUACUAUAGUCAUGGACCUCAAAAGCCUUACCAGGUGCAAGCUUCUAGAAGUUUAGUUGCAUGAUAUAAAUUUGUUUUCUAUAUUUGUCUUAAAACAUUGAAAACUCAUACUUGAUGCUACAAUUUUUUAAAAUUUGUAGCCUAAAAUUAAAAUUUGAUAGUUUAUAAUUUCAUAGUUUCCUUAGAGUAUGUUGAUUAUAUAUAACUUUAGUCAUUGUAAUGCUGAGCAUCUUUUUGUUAUUAUGCUUAUAAGGGAUUGCAAAGUUACUAAAUAUGCUUUAUAGUCUUCAAUCAUCUACGUUAGUCCUUUUGAUUGCAUAGAUGUAGCUAGUGAUUAUUGUAGUCGCUGGCUUUAUUGUGUGUAUUUUCGCUUUGUCAUAGCAAAUUAAAAACUUGAUGUAUCAACUGA